GGGUGGGUCCCCUCCUCGGUCAUCAAGCAUGGAUCGCUGGCAGCGAAUUCUUUAUCCGACGAUGAUGCUUGGUCGCCUACCAGCCGUGGGCCGCGUCUUGGCCAGCGCCCGCCGCACGUUCCACUCGUCCAUCGCACUUCAGCACGGCGCUGCGCCCGUCGGUGGCCCCACGGUGCCGAUCAACUUUCGGCUCAAGGACGGCUCGAUCAAGCAGGUAGCGGCCGCCGUCGGCACCUCGAUCUUGGACGUCGCGCACGCUUUUGAGAUCGACUUGGAAGGCGCGUGCGAGUCGUCGCUGGCCUGCUCGACGUGCCAUGUGAUCUUCGAAGAGCCCGUCUUUGACGAGCUUCCGGAAGCCUGCGAGGACGAGGAAGACAUGCUCGACAUGGCCUUUGGGCUCACGGCCACGUCGCGCCUUGGCUGCCAGGUCAUGGUCACCGAGGAGCUCGCCAACGCGAUCGUAACGCUGCCUGCGGCGACGCGCAACUUUUAUGUGGACGGACAUGUGCCCAAGCCGCACUAGGUCGUUCGUCUCCUUGGUCCCGUACACAACUCCUCGGUAUCCGACAGAGACGCUCGUUUUCCUAUAUAACUUUAGCAGCGUCCUACAACUCUUA